GUCGUAUGGCCAGCAAUUGGAGUCAAGUCUGAACUAACCCGAAGUAAGAGUCUUAUAAUUAUUUAACCGAGUAACCGUGUUUCCACUUUGUACAGAUGUUUUUGUACCAGCUGAAAAACGUUCUAUAUUUCUAUUUCUAUAUUUAGGUUGCCCAUCGCGCCAAGGAUACGAGUGAUCGCUUCUUAAAAUGUUCACAUCAUCUCGUGUUUUUAACGUUUUUUUAAGACUUACCACGAAUAACUUAAUUAGGUAGAGAGAAAAUCAUGCAAAGUUAUUCUUUACGCUAAGUGGCCUUGGCGUGGUUCGUUACCUGCUAAAAUAGGAUGGGUCAUUAUUUGAAAAGAAAUUCGUCGUAAAUUAGAUGUGUUCAUAAAUUGACCUAACCCUAAUCCUAACCCCAACCCUAACCCUAAUCCUAACCCUAACCGUAACCCAAAUCCAAACCCCUCGGAUAUGCGGCUAUGUGGCUACGCGAGGGGUAAUAGCUUCGAAGUGGCCGGGUAUUCUACGUAGCCGCGUAGCCACUGUUAUUGUGGUAUGGCUUCGAAAUGGCCGGAUAUUCUGCAGUUAAGCCCAUAAAUUUUAUUUGAAAAAAAGUAUAGCGAUCUUGUUUAUGUUGAGAGGAGUACAUAAAUGAAAAAGAUCUUUUUAAGUUCCAGAUUAGGGGAUCUAGUGCCCUACGUAAAUGUUGAUUAGUUUUUUACAGUUAUUUCACAGAAAUCUCAGAAAUUGACGGUUUCUUUCUUCGCCAUGGUUGAAAAAGCUAAGCUGUUGUCAGAGGAAAAACUUCGUGAAAUAAAGAAGCUUGCCGGAAUUAAAGACUCCGAGCGAGGUUAUAUGUCAGCAUACAAGGGAAACAGAGAAACAUCUGCUUUGCGAGCCGAGAAAGUCGCUGCGGUUGAUUUACACCCCGAGGAAGAAAACACUUGUGAAUCGGAGCUUGAAUUUUAUACCGAACAAGAAACAAACAGUCCUAUUUAUACUGAAGGUCUUCACUUCUAUGCUGAUCAAGAAGUACCUUUUCAACAUCUAAGCAAUGAUGGUAACAGCAAAGCUUCAGAGAAUGAUGCAGUUUUUAGUGCACAUUUUCACAGAGAUUCCGACAAACCGAUCUCUAAUGAAGUGCAGCAACUUGACGUACCAGCAGUGGACGGUACUAACAGAAUCUCGCAAUUUGAAGAAUCAGCUGCACUGCCUUGUAACUCAACCAUCGGAAGUGUAUGCUUGGAGUUCGCUGAGAAGGCCGAGAAGGGUAAAGCUGAUAGAUGUGGAGAAUUUCUUGGUGAUUUCUCACCGAUGGGUUUAGAUUUUGAGCAGGAGCAAAAAAUAAUGAUGGUUACAAACGAAUAUGUUGCAAGCAACUGUCCUAUAUUGCCCCCAGAAAUAACAAAAGAGACGGACUUGUGCUCUUUCUUACGCACGAUAGAUGACAGAGAUCUGAUAGAUGAGGUAAAUGAAUUUACGUAACGAUGCUUUAUGAAAAGAAAAAAAUAACUCGAAAAGAGCGUAUUUUACAAAAGUUUCCGAAGAAUAUCCAUCGACCUACGCAAACUUUGCUCGAAACGCCAGCCUUUGAACCGUUUUUGCGGUGGAAAAUUUAGGCCCGGUGCAGACGCUGAACUUUUCAUGAGCCAAAACUAAUUCGAAUUAAGGCCUACCAAAAUUAUUUAGAUCGGCUGGAUUGAUUCAGACGCUGAUCUUAAUUCCAGCCGAACAAAAUUCAAAAGGAGAAUAAUGAUAAUUUCAGUAAAACUGCUUACAAAAUACGUUAUAAUAAUUUACGCACUACGUUCGGACUUGAAAAGUUCGGCGUCUGAAUCGAAGCCGUUCCAAAGUCGCUCCAAAGCCGAAAUUGCCCGCCGGGCUAGGCAAGAAGAACGGCUGAGCCGUUCCAAAUUGAAAUAGGCGUUCAAACGCCGAACUUUUCAUGUACUUAAUUCAACUUAGCUUCGGCUCAUGAAAAGUUCGGCAUCUGAACUGGACCCCACCGACCACCUUCGACGGAGGGUUAUGCUCUCAUAUUGUCAAUAUUGAAGUUUAAAAGCAUGUAUUUUCUGUUGUUCAUAGUCGCGUCUAGGUGACGUUGUUGGGUGCCCCUUACAACAGAGAAACCGCUAUUCACUCACUAGAGAAGCAACUGCACUGUUCAGACGAGAAGAAAUACAGGAUAGCGUGAAUAACGAUACAUUUGGCGAUGACAUCGAGGAACAGUUUUUAGGUUUGGAGUGUCUAAUUACAACUGGCCUGCCAAACCGGACGAAACCUGCUUCAUAUUUCGAGCGUUUUGAUAAAGAAAUAGCUGAUCAGUGUGCAGAAAACCAAACUCAGGAGGAUAUUUUGGCGAGCAAACAAGCUUUUUCUUUUUUGCGGAAGACCACACCAAGCUCAAUAAGCAGAGCAGAUUACAAUGCUAAACGUCAUUAUCACAAUGUGUCGGGGAAUGGAAAUCAUCAAGGAGCCAAGGAUAUUGCAGUUGGUGUGGAAAAGCUAAAAGAAUGUGAGUUUCUUACACAAGAGAAUGGCAAGCAAGCACUUUUAUAUCAAAAAGAUAUCACAAAAGCUUUAACUGAGACAGUAACACCAGUUGAUGUCUUACUCGAGGCCAGCGAUGAAGACAAGAAAAAUAAAGGAGGGUUCCUUCAAGAAUCUGGCGAUCAAGGAUUUCAAGCUUCAGGUUCGUUUUCUAACGUAAAAUAAUUUUGUCGUCAAAGUGUAACAGUGCAUAAAACUUUUUUCGUGCAUGAUCAUAGCGAUUAACUAUAAUUCUAGUUCGUCGUUGACAUGUAAGCUACCGCUAAGAUGUCGCUCCUGCAAACGCACACAGAUUUUCAUUUGGCACUAUCGCCAGUGCACAGAAUCGUUCACUUUUAAUAGCAAGGGAAUAGCACUAAUGUGCCUUAGUAAAAUCCAACUAGUGGUCUAUUAUCAAUGCUGUGUUCUGAUUGGUUGAGCUACUACUAGGCUAUAUGUUAUGGCCCACUAUAGUAGCGAAAAGCGCGGGCUUUUUGGCGGCAAAAAAGGAUUAAAGUCUAGCUUUAACGUAGCUAAAAGAUUUUUGUUCUCGAUAUCUUUGACCAACUAGUUGGAUUUUACUAAAACAAUUAUUCCUCUCGCCCUCAUGGCCUCUGAAUCAAUAGCUCAUUCCGCCUUCGGCCUGGGAUAUUGUCUCAGAGCCCUUUCGGGCUCGAGGAAUAAUUGUUAGGUACACACAAAAGAAACGGAGAGAAAACCGUUAAAACAAAUCUGUCUUACCUUCUGUGCUAUCAUAGAAAGUGCGAUACAAAUUGAAAUGCAGACUUAAAGCAAUUAAGUACUGAUUUUAACCAGCAACAAGUUUUCAGUCUCAGCGAUCUCGUUGCUCCACUCGGGGGACGGAGGUAGCCGUUUUUCUCCCCACCGGAUCCCAAGGGAAAACAGCCGAGCUGCCAGAGAGAGUUUUCCAGCAGUCCAUUACAGUAGCUAAGAUGUCGACAUUUACGUUCCCCUUUUUUACCUGAAAGCUUGUAACGGGUUCCCAAGUAAGAAGAGUCGUCUUCCUUCAUUUGAAUUAUUCUGCUGAGGAUUAAUUUGAUUUAUUUUUUCGAUUUAUACUAUAGAUGCAGAAAAUGAGACGAAAACCAUUAACUGCCUUCUAAGAGGACAGAUUGAGAAAGAAAUGCCUGAACUGGAUGGUCCUGAGAUGCUGCAGUUUGCUAUGAUGUUUGUCCAAGGAGCUCUGAAAAAAUCUCAGGUUUGUGAUAUAAAACAUCGCUUUGUUGUUUCGGAUUUUGUUGAUACUACGUUUGCAUGUUUAGUUGUGGCUAAAAAAUGUCGACAUUAUAACUGAUUUUGUUGGUAAGUUUAAGAACUACGAAGCGGAGAAGGUGAUGCGGUUUGUCGGAUGAGAUUGUGCUUUUUUGUCAACCAGGUUUUUAAAAAUACGUUAUAAGCUUAACUAGCACAGGGCUGUCCAAUGGGCUUUGGCACCACUGACGCACAGGACACACAGGCCCCACGUGAAGUGCCCUCCCUACAGUGUACUCACUCCUGAAACGCAUAAAAGAUCACAAAGAACCUAUUAUAUUGUUCCGUCCCUUGAGGUCAUUUAGCGUCUUACGAGAAUAAAAUCACAAAACAGUGCAGAGGCGGGGUUGGUCAUUAUCCGAAGACUUUAAUUAACCAUCUGCAGAUCCGAAACUGGCAGGGCGUUCUCUUCCGUAAAUUUAAAGCUUUGGGUGUUGGUCAGGAUCAGGACUCGGAACCUCGCAGAAGUCAAACCUGGGCCUACCCUUCUGGGCCUGGUUGUUCAAAGCUGGGUUGAGAUAACUAAGGGUUAGUACGAAAUAUGAACUCAGAUAUGAGAACUUAAAAAGUAUAUAUAAAUUCAGUUUAAUUAUCUUGAAUUUGAUGAUUGAAUACUCUAAAAAGAAUAGAGAAAAUUAUUUGAGAGAGUGCGUUUGUUAAAAAGAUAAAGAAACCCGCGUUAAAAUUUAACCCCAGGUUAGCGCUCACCGGCGUUCGAACAACUGGGCCCUGCUGAGUUUGAAUCCAGCCAAUUGGGCUAAAUAAGCGGCGGUCUCUGCGCCGAGUUGUUCAAAGCUGGGUUAAUAUAACCCUGGGUUAGUUCGAAAUUUGAAUUCAGAUAUGAAAGCUUAACAAGCAAAUUCAGUUUAAUUCCUUUUGUCAACAAUUUUUUGAUUGGCUACUCUAAAAAGAAUAGAGAAAAUUGUCCGAGAAAACGCUUUUGAUGAAAAGAAAAAGAGACCCGAGUUAAAAUUUAACCCUGGGUUAGCGCUAAUGAUCUAUAAAACGUUUUUGUUUUCAGACUGUGCAUGAGACUAAUAAUCCUCUGGAAAGUAAGCUGACCUAUCAGAGCCAACAUCUAGUUCUUAAUCGUAGUGAGGAUCACAAAUUGGCCAACGUCACACUUGCAGGUAUCGCUAACGUUUUCAUAUGACGAGUUCUACGCCUUCGUUAAAUGGUUAUGACGGGACGAAAGGAGUUCACAAUUACCGGUUUGAGGGAUUACAUUACGCCUUCCUAAAUACGAGUCCUUCAUAAAUGCAAAAACCGUUUAAGGUAUGGCUAUGAAACUUAGGGGACCUCUUCAUAUUUUUAAGAAAAAUUUUGUUUUAAAAUGGGAUAUUAGAAUCCUGACUAAACAUACCCGGUCAAAGCAUAGAGGUCUUUAGGCGGCCAAAAAAAGGCCUAACAAGUUAAACUGGAAUGUUACAUGUUUUAAAGCAAAACUAGUUCAAGUUUGGGUGGAUUCAGGGAAACGUUUUAGUUAUGUUAAAUAAAUAUGAUAAACAUGAUCAAGUUGUGAAUACUCCUAAUUCCACCACUGACAUAUUUCAUUUUUUCACCAAGGGAGUUACUUAUCCCACACCAGAGGUGAAUACGCCAAUGCUGACAAAGCAGAGCCAACCCGGAUCAGACCAUCGUCACACACUUCAUGUAAUCGGCCAUUUAGACUUGGACUACCAAGAAAGCAUGGAAAUAAAUCACUGCAUCCAUACAUAAUUAAGAAGCCCAAUUCAGAAAGAUAG